GCUCAACAGAGUGAGUGAGUGAGUGAGUGAGUGAGUGAGUGAGCGCAGUUGAGUUAGCAGGAAAACCUGGAUUACUAUCUGAUCAGCUCAGAGUGAGUGAGAUAAGAGGAAAGCACUUCAGUUUUGCAAAGAGUGAGCAAGGUAGGAGGAGGUGAAGGAGUGGGAGUGACUGUGCGUGCUGUGUUGCAUUAGCACGUGCUAAGAGGUAAGGCUUCUCCCAACACCCUGGCUGCAGUUAAGCCACCCGGACGUCCCGAGGGUGACAACAGCUGGCAGGACAAGGCGAUGCAGGGAGACCUGAGAUGACACUCGGUACUCUUUCAGAACUUCUUUUCUUCCAUCCUGCUGCUCACUGCUGUCUCUCCGUCUUCCCUAAGGCUGCACCUCCCAUCCUUCAGCAAACAGGGCUGAAUUAAUCAGAGGUGUCUGCACUAAGAGGAUCAAUAGCUUGCACUGUGCUGUACACGACUGGAGCCAGCAGGCACUCUUUACUCCUGAAGUGUGUUCACUUUGUGCUUCUGGGCUCUGAGGUGUCCCACCAGUAGGUCCUGUACCAUUAUUUUUCUCCAUGGCAUCCAGGAAGAUGGCAGGACAGAAGAAAAGGGGUAACUAUGUGCCACACCAGGCUUGCUGGAGACAGAGGCAUGCGGCUCUCUCUCUCAAAUGAACCCUUCCCCCCUGGAUGACUUGGGGAAAGAGAGAGGGAAGGAGAGAGGGAGAGACAGCGCCUUCUCCCCCUGUGGAAGACAAUAAUAUGACUUCACGAUGAGGAUGUGCCAGAAUGAAUUUGACAUCUUAGCCGGGAGAAUUCCGCGAAAAAGGCAGGAAAGUGACGACUCCUACGCCACUCUUUGCUUUCUGUUUCUCCUCUACUACUAUAGAACAGCUCUUCCAAGGGUGCCCUGACUGUUUUUCCUUUUUCUAGCUCCCCUUUUUUGUUUAAUGUUGGAUGAACCUUACAUUCUUUAGCAUUGGCAUGCUCAUUUUGUUGCCUUAAAACUGUACUAUGGGCUUUUUUCAGAUCUUUGACAUGGAGUAGUAUAUCACAGAGGACAAUGUACUCUAUAUGUUUGCUUACAGCCUCUAUGUCUUUGAGAAGGACUUACGAGGAAGUAUGUAAGGUGUGGAAGUAAUGGCAUUCUCCAGACCCUGUGUAAGGGCUAUUUAUUUAUGAAAGAAAAGCCACGCAAACUACACCUUUGCUUAAAUGAAGACUGGCCGCAAUUACACAGGAAGGGACCAAAAAAUGAUGCAAGUCAAUAAUUUCCCAUUCAGGAGGCAUUCCUGGAUAUGCUUCGACGUGGACAAUGGCACGUCGUCAGGAAGGAGCCCCCUGGACCCCAUGACCAGCCCGGGCUCAGGCCUCAUCCUCCAGGCCAACUUCGUCCACAGCCAGAGGAGGGAAUCCUUCCUCUACCGCUCCGACAGUGACUAUGAUCUGUCGCCCAAAUCCAUGUCCCGCAACUCCUCCAUCGCCAGUGACAUGAAUAACCACCUGCAGAGGCCAGGCCUGGUCUCUCGGCGCUCUGAGCCUGUUAUUAGUGGAAAUCAUGGGGACGACCUGAUUGUCACGCCGUUUGCCCAGGUACUGGCCAGUUUGAGAACAGUAAGAAACAACUUUGCAGCAUUAACCAACUUACAGCAAGACAGAACCUCAAAUAAACGGUCCCCAAUGUGUAACCAACCACCUCUCACAAAAGCCUCCUUCACAGAGGAGGCCUACCAGAAGCUGGCCACUGAGACACUGGAGGAGCUGGACUGGUGCCUGGACCAGCUGGAGACCCUACAGACCAGGCACUCCGUCAGCGAGAUGGCCUCCAACAAGUUCAAGAGGAUGCUGAACCGGGAGCUGACCCACCUGUCUGAGAUGAGUCGCUCCGGGAACCAAGUCUCCGAGUUCAUUUCCAACACCUUCUUAGACAAACAGCAUGACGUGGAGAUGCCUUCCCCUCACACCCAGAAGGAGAAGGAGAAGAAGAAAAAGCCCAUGUCUCAAAUAAGUGGAGUGAAGAAGUUAAUGCACAGUACCAGCCUCACCAAUUCUAACAUCCCUCGCUUUGGGGUCAAGACGGAUACAGAGGAGUCCUUAGCCAAGGAACUGGAAGACAUAAACAAAUGGGGCCUUAACGUUUUCAAAGUCACAGAGUUUUCGGGGAACAGGCCUUUAACAGUUAUGAUGUACACAAUAUUUCAGGAAAGAGACUUGCUCAAGACGUUUAAAAUUCCAUUAGACACUUUUAUAACCUACCUGAUGACCUUAGAAGACCAUUACCAUGGAGAUGUGGCGUAUCAUAACAACAUUCAUGCUGCUGAUGUCACCCAAUCCACACAUGUGCUGCUCUCCACGCCUGCUUUAGAGGCCGUUUUCACAGACCUCGAAAUUCUCGCUGCCAUUUUUGCUAGUGCAAUUCACGACGUCGACCACCCGGGGGUCUCCAACCAGUUCCUCAUUAACACCAACUCAGAGUUGGCUCUCAUGUACAAUGACUCAUCGGUGCUGGAGAACCAUCACCUGGCAGUGGGCUUCAAGCUGCUCCAGGAAGAGAACUGUGACAUCUUCCAGAACCUGACCAAAAAACAGAGACAAUCCCUACGGAAGAUGGUUAUCGACAUCGUAUUAGCCACUGAUAUGUCUAAACACAUGAACCUAUUGGCUGACCUGAAAACAAUGGUUGAGACAAAGAAAGUGACCAGUUCUGGAGUCCUGCUCUUGGAUAACUAUUCAGACAGGAUACAAGUGCUACAGAACAUGGUCCACUGUGCGGACCUCAGUAACCCAACGAAGCCCCUGCAGCUCUAUCGCCAGUGGACGGACCGCAUCAUGGAGGAGUUCUUCAGCCAGGGCGACAGAGAGAGGGAGCGGGGAAUGGAGAUCAGCCCCAUGUGUGACAAGCACAAUGCCUCAGUGGAGAAGUCCCAGGUGGGGUUCAUAGACUACAUCGUACACCCUCUGUGGGAGACAUGGGCAGACCUGGUCCACCCAGACGCCCAGGACAUCCUGGACACCUUGGAGGAUAACAGGGAGUGGUACCAGAGCACCAUCCCUCAGAGCCCGUCCCCUGCCCCGGAGCAGGCUGAGGAGGGUGGGCGACCUGGCGGCGGAGCAGAGAAAUUCCAGUUCGAGCUCACACUGGAGGAGGACGGAGAGUCGGACACUGAGAAGGACAGCGGCAGUCAAGCCGAGGAGGAGGACGAGGAGGAGGAGGAAGAGGACAACAGCUGCAGUGACACUAAAACCCUCUGCACGCAGGACUCCGAGUCCACAGAGAUACCGCUGGACGAGCAGCCCGAGGGAGAGGAGGGGGAGGAGGAUGAGCGCGCCGGAGAGGAAGCUUCAACCGAACCCAGCAUGGCUGAGGAGGAAGAAGAAGAGGAGGAGGAGGAGGAGGAGGAAGAAGAGCAGCCUGCCGGAACGUAGCAGUGAUGCUAAGCACGUCUUGGUGCAUAUUAAUAACAGACAGCAAAGUUUUAGUUCCAAAGCGCACCUUGCACUCCUCAAACCUUGGCCACUCCCCUCUCCUUUUGCGGAGAUGGGUAGACACACAGACUCUGAUAGAUUGUCCUUAUUUUGCACUCAGGAAUAACAUUUAGUCCUUUUUCCCCUUCUUCACUCCUUUUUCCCCCCAAAGGUCCUUGGCCCCCUUAGCUCUGUGAGCCCCCUGCGCAUGGUUGAACACUGCUGGAGCUAAAACCACUGUGCUUUCGUCCCCAUUACCUCCUCCUCUGCAUCGACAGCAAGAGUUCCGGUGAAGUUUAGGCCAGAUGGUUUGAAGCAAAUGAGCUUAACAAGACUGCAUCAGCCCUGGCCAUCAGGGGGUAAUGGGAAAUUCAUUGGAAUGCAUUCUUUGGCUUUCAAAGAGACCCUUUUUUCUACAUUUUAAGUCUUCCUGAAAACCUGACUGAAAAAAACACGCAGCUUAGUGCUGUCAUGGCCUCUAAUUCUUUUUGUAUGGCAUAUAAAAUGGAGAUUUUUACAUAGAUGUUACUUUUCUUACAGAAACACCAACAGCAAAGAAAUCUUUCAAGAAAUCUUCUUGCAAAGAGUAACUUGCAAGUAUGCUUUCAUGAUGGUCAUUCAAUAAUUUUUUUUGUGUGUGUUUGCGACUCUGGCUAGUUCACAAUGUCGUUCAACACUGCUGUGUCCUUUUUGUUUAUUGCACAAGUACUCUUCAGUUUUGUUGAUGUUACUGUUGUCUUUCUGUUGAGAUACUGUUUUUUUAAAACACUUACCUCCAGUGAGCCUCUUAAUACAGCACGAAUACAGUUUCAGCUACAGAAUGCCUCACAACGACGCUACCGUUUCUGUAUGUUCAGUGAAUGGCAGUCGCUUAAGUAGCAUUAUUUAUGCAUGGCCUCAUUGCUUUGAUUGCUUGUAGAUUAUUUGAAGAAGUUGGCAAACAUUUUAACCGCUGUUUUUUUAGAACCCAAUCUCUGUCUGCAGCACCUGUGGCAUGUAGUUUAUUUUCCAUGAACUUUAUUUAAAACAGAUCAGAAAAUCUGUUGACUAAUGGAAGAAGCCAGUGUGCAGGUGCUUCGGCAUCUUCCCAUUGGCUUCUGUUAUAAUUGUGUUUUUGUUAGAAGUCAAGGACUUUUACUAAGAACAGGGAAGUGUAUAGGCACCAUUGUCUUUAGUAACUGCGAGCUACAAAAGCUGCAGAUGGAGAUCAGGUUGUAAAACACUGUAUCCCUGUAACGCAUCUUCAUCCUAUAAAACGUUUCUCACAUGCUACCAGGCAAGGCCUUUCUCAGAUCAGUUUCCACUCGCUCACACAAACACUUUCUACUGUAUGGUCAAAAUGUCGACAUCCUGUUGUCAACAGAGUUUAUCUGAUACACUUUACAGUACACUUUGAAGUAGAUUUGCAUGUUUCAGGUUACUUUACACUUCAGAAUUUGGAUGCUUUAAGCCUUCUGAGUGAGCAGUGCUUCUUCUCGCAUGCCUUUUGUUCUUUUCUCUUCAGUGGAUCUCGUACAUUUGAACAUACAUACUUCAGUAAUACUCUCCACUGUUUUGUUCACAUAUACUAACUAGAUUGAAUUGAAUAAUAUUUCAGAUCAUAAGUUACGUGCCCCAGAUAUUCCACAAUGGAGCAUGUUGUGCAACAUCUUUAUAGGGGCAGUUAUGUAAACUGCUUAAACGAAUAUGAUUUCAAUGCAGCGUUUGCGGUAUGUCGAGAGACCGUUCGUUUGGUCAGGUAGGCUUUCUUAGGGCUAGACAUAGACAAACAUCCAGCUACCGAUGUCGCUUUUCAUGCCAAAACCACACUCCCUCACUGGACUUGCACUAUAGGACUUGCAGCACUUAGCCAAGUGGCUUUUCGUUUUGGAUUAUUUAUACAUGUAUUUGGUUUUAUUUAUUGGUUUGUACAUUUUAUGUUGCUGUACAUAUUAAGCGUUACUGUAGAACACAAACUGUAGCAUAGGCGGCAUGUUACUUGCAAGUUACUGUUUUUUUUAAGAUAAAUAUGUACAUAGAACAAACAUUUUUAAAAGCAUAGGAAAAACUGCUUCACAGAAACUUGAAUCUGGCUUUUAAAGUAGUGAUGAUUUUGUUAGACCUUUUUAUUAUUAUGACUAUUAUUAAUAUUAUUAUUAUUUAAGUUGUGCCAUGUAUUUUUUUUUUCUUCUUCUUCUUUUUUCCUCACCAAAUGACCUUACCUGUUCUGCUGUUCUGGAUUUUGUUUGUCUCUGUUUACAGACAUGUAUUUAUUAUGAUGUAUAUAUUGUAACGUUUGAUGUAAAUGAUAACCAGUUCUUACUCUAUCAUCCCUAAUGGCGAUGGUGUUGCUGUAUUUGGUAAACUCUUGUUGAGAGAAUGUUUAUUAUGGAUAUUAUACAAUGUAAAAAAAAAGGAUAUUCUGUAAAAAAACGAAAAAAAUGGAAAAACAGUCACCUUUGAGCUUGUUUAUGGAGAACCAGAGGAAAGCCAAACAAUAUGAAAAGACGCCACUGGUGUUUGGCCCCAGGGCUGUGCCUUAACUUAAAUCAGUGUCUUUUUAUUUGUUCGUCCGUCCGUCCAUGUCCCUUCUCCCUCUUUCUGUAUUAGACAGUAGUUGCGUACACUGGGAAAGUUCGACCCAUUUUGCUGCCUGAUUAUCAGGACAUAAUAAGUGCUACAUUGUGAAGCUAAUGCUUAGAACAUAUUUGAUUAUGCUGCUACUGCAGUUUCUGAAUGAGAGCAGACUGUCGGCUGCAUGGGUUCGAUUGCCACACGCAGUGCAGCUGAAUGCAAUAGUCCUACACGUCAAGUCCACGCAGGAGAACAGUUGGCCUAUAGGUGCUUGCUGGCUGAAUAUAUCAACUAACUUCUUAUGUUCAUGCUGUUCCAGAAUUUGUUCAGGUACCGUCUGCUACCUUUGUCUCAUCCAGCCUUGUAGAUGUGCUUGUGCACUAAACAAAAAAUAUAUAUACUUAGAGUUUGUAUGUUAAGAGAGCCUAUUUUCUGACACGCAUACUGUAGAUUUUAGCAGCCCUGGACCAAAGCCAAUGGUGGCUAUAAUUAUUAUUAUUAUUAUUAUUAUUAUUAUUAUUAUUAUUAAUACUACUUGUAUUUUUUUCAGUGUCAUUAAAGGGAUACAUAAACAGAUACUUCAAGAUUUGAUUCAUUAGGUUACAUCUUUCAAUGACAAACUUUUUACAGUUCUUUCACUGGAUACCUUGUCUCUUACAGUCUUUUGACGGUACUGUAGAUCCUGCUCCAAUCAGUUUAAACGCUAUAAAAUUUCAAGACAGAAAGAAAAAGAAAUUUAUAUGCAACAGAUAAAAUAAAAGCAUGAGUUGAUUCUG